AUGAGUAGACCAAGUCAAAACUCUACUCUGAGGCAUCAAACCGAAGCCUCCAAACCAGACAAUGGAAGGUUUUUAGAAAGCGCAGUAAGAGGGAUAAAUGACAAGCUCGCUUUCCGAUGGCGGCGGAGAAUCGUGUCCGAGACGGCGCAGAAUGAGUCGGAUCCCAAAAGUAGCGAUGGACUACACGAGAUGUACUACGAAAACGCCGAAACCCAUUUGAAUCUCACCAAGGUCGACUCAGCCGCUUUUUUGAAACCGGCCCGUCCCCAGUCCAGCUUUAUGUCGAUUUUGGUUGGUGUUUUCGUAGCUGUGGGCGGGUUUUUAUAUGGCUACGACACAGGCCUCAUCAACAACAUUUCCGAGAUGCAGUACGUCAAAACACAUUUUGCAGCCAACGGUGAGCAGUUUACGGCUAAAGAAAUGUCAAUCCUAGUGUCUUUCUUAUCGCUGGGAACUUUUGUCGGCGCGCUGGCUGCGCCUUUCAUCUCCGAUUCUUACGGGCGGAAAACUACCAUAAUCAUUAGCACAUUUUUCGUUUUCAUGGUUGGAAACUCACUUCAAGUUGCUGCUAGUGGGAUGACUCUUCUUGUUAUUGGUAGAGUUUUCUCAGGAGUAGGCGUUGGGUUUAUUUCGGCAGUCGUGCCAUUAUAUCAAAGUGAGGCUGCUCAGAAGCAAGUACGAGGCGCCAUCAUUUGUACAUACCAAUGGGCUAUAACUUGGGGUCUUUUGGUAUCGAGCGCAAUCUCCCAAGGGACGCACAACCGAAAUGAUGCCUCUUCGUACCGUAUUCCUAUAGGUUUGCAAUAUCUUUGGUCUUGCAUCUUAGGGCUCGGAAUGUUAUUCCUACCUGAAAGCCCGCGAUACUAUGUCCUCAAAGACCAACUAGAUUUAGCGGCCAAGUCACUUUCAUUCUUAAGGGGCGUUCCCGAGGACGAUUCAGGGCUGCUCGAAGAAUUAGUGGAAAUCAAAGCAAACUACGAUUACGAAAUGUCUUUUGGCAAAUUUUCGUAUUUGGAUUGUUUCAGAUCUAGCAAAAGCAGAACUAAACAGACUUUGAGGAUGCUAACUGGAAUAUCCAUACAAGCAUUUCAACAAUUCUCAGGAAUCAACUUCAUAUUCUACUAUGGUGUCAAUUUUUUUAGCAAGACAGGUAUUGGCAAGAGCUAUUUGGUAUCGUUUAUCACAUAUGCUGUGAAUGUUGGAUUCAACAUUCCAGGCUUAUUUUUGAUCGAAUAUAUGGGCCGGAGAAAAGUCUUACUAUUAGGUGGAGUUCUAAUGACAAUGGCCAAUUUUAUAAUUGCUAUCAUCGGCUUAGUUGUGAAGUCCGUCGUUGCGGACAAGAUCUUGAUAGCAUUUGUAUGCGUCUUUAUUGCAUCUUUCUCGGCUACGUGGGGUGGGUGCGUUUGGGCCAUUUCUGCGGAGUUGUACCCGUUGGGAGUACGAUCCAAAUGCACCGCUAUAUGCGCUGCGUCCAACUGGCUAGUAAACUUCAUUUGUGCAAUGAUCACACCGUACUUGAUUGAUACUGGUGCGCACACUUCCUCGCUGGGCACCAAAAUUUUUUUCAUUUGGGGGAGUUUGAAUGCAGUUGGUGUUGUGAUAGUAUAUUUGACGGUCUACGAGACCCGAGGCUUAACUUUGGAAGAAAUUGAUCUGCUGUACCGGCUUUCACCCAACAGUGUGGCCUCUACGGCCUGGAACAAUAAGAUUCGGAAAUCACCAGGGUCAAUCCAGGAGAUUAGGAAAGAUCGCCAUCAGAGAAUCGAAAAACAGAAACAGCGGGAGUCACAGCCAAGCGUAUCGGACUCGAGCUAUGAGGACCCAACCACGCUGAAACGGGUGGAAAGCCCGACUCACAAUUAUAUGGACCUAGGCAAUGGUCUAGGCCUGACCACCUACAACAGAGGCCCGCCAUCGUUGCUCAUGAACUCCUCCUCAGAUGAGAACGCCAGCAAUAGCGACAACGAAUGCCCACCACAAAACUACGAUAAUGAAACUGGCACAGAGGGCAGGUCCUUCAGUUCUCACGAAAACGGCGCCGAGACUCGUAACAGUCUCAACGACUACAUGGUUCAGUGGAUGAACAGUCAUAGCCAGCACAGCUCAGAAGCCGGCAAAGGUAAAUAA